CAAUAGCGCGACCCACUGUCGUUCGACACCACUCAAAGAGGAGCUUGAUUUCACUAGAUUAGCAAAGUUGAAGAAGGUAGGGCAUGUCGAUUCGGCGUCCGAAUAUGAGCCAGUGUUCUUUCCACUCGACGCAAUCCAGGGCGUCUUGAGCAGAAAGCAGGUUGAAUCCACUCUGGGAUGUCCUUGUGCCUGGUGCGAUAAGCAUGAAAGGUACAUCCUCCAAAGGAGAUACGAGAGACGGGCCACUUACCUCGAGUUUAUAAUGUCCGAUGCCUUGAGAUUGUUUGCUCUACUCGUCUAUGUCGGUUUGCCAGCCCUCAUCGGAGCCUUUGUAGGUCGCGGCGACGCGCUCCUGGACGAAAGACUGGAUAUGGAGCGCCUGAAGGAUACCUAUCUCAAGGAGAUCGAGGCUGGAUUCGGAUUACCUCCCGCAGCAGUCGAUAAUCUUCUCGAAGUAUUCUUGGGGCGUCGACAUCAGUUCGCGCCACCCAUCUUCAAAGGUCGGUGGUUUAACCAUUGGGAUUCGAAGAGGGCUCUCCCGUUCAUCAACACUCAAUUUAUCGGAGAAGGCGGCUACGGCACAGUUUAUUCCUUCCAGAUCUAUCGAGGAUAUGAGCACCCCCAGUUCGGGGAUUCGAAAAAAUAUGCGAUGAAGGAAGUCAACUUGCCUACCGGACCUAUAGUAUCCUUGAAUGAAGAGGCGACUAAUAUAACCAAGAUCCGGGAUGAACUUGGAAACGAGAAACAUAUCAUCAAGGUGUUGAAGAUAUUCCGCCGCGGGGACAAAAUACACUUCAUAUUUCCAUUGGCGCCUGGAAAUCUGCUCGAUUUCAUGCGCAAAAGCCAUGGAAGCAUCAGCCCAAUACCUCUGACUCGAUAUGCCAGAACACUAUAUGGGACAAGGCCGUUGGCAUGCCGAAGGCUUUGGCCAAAUUUCAUCGACCACCGAGCAUGACCAGUUGGAGAGGGUAUCACGCAGACAUAAAACCUACGAAUAUCCUGGUGUUUUCUGACGGGACCCUCGUGAUAGCCGAUUUCGGCCAGGCGUUGAUCGCGCAGGAGAGAAGUUCCGAAAAGACACGAAGGAUUCCUCAAAGACCUGGAGAACAAGCGUACCGCCCCGUUGGAAACUCCAACGAGAGCCAUAUGGGCCCGGAGUACGACGACUGGGCCAUGGCCUGUGUUUUGCUUGAGAUCCUUGUGUUCACCGCUUUCGGUCCGGAAGGGAUUCAGCAGCUUUACGAAUCAC